AUGACUACACUCCAACCCGGCGACACCUUCCCCUCCGAUGUGACCUUCCAGUACAUCCCAUGGUCCCAGGAGAGCAGCGAGCCCUCUUCAUGCGGAAUCCCAAUCAAAUACGAUGCCUCCAAGGAGUGGGCGGAUAAGAAGGUCGUCCUUUUCUCGGUUCCCGGUGCCUUUACCCCCACCUGCUCCGCCAACCACGUUCCCGGAUACAUCCAGAACCUCCCCAAGCUGAAGGAGAAGGGUGUUGAUAUUGUUGCUGUUCUUGCUUUCAACGACCCCUUUGUUAUGAGCGCAUGGGGCAAGGUGAACGGAGUGCGGGAUUCCAUCCUCUUCCUUUCCGACCCUGAUGCCAAGUUCUCCAAGAGCAUUGGAUGGGCCGAUGCCGCCUCAGGACGCACUGGUCGGUAUGCUAUUGUCAUUGACCACGGCAAGAUUAGCUAUGCCCAGAUUGAGACCGAGCGGGGAGCCGUCAAGAAAUCCGGAGCUGAUGCUGUGCUUGCUUCGCUGUAA